CCCGAGCGGUAGCGGAGCUUGCUGCAGACAGGAGCGCUCGCGGAGCGGCCGCUCGGUGCGUCCCGUGCCCCGCACACCCGCACCCGGCGCGGCCCGCUGCGAGCAUGGGCGCGGCGGCCGUGCGCUGGCACUUGUGCGUGCUGCUCGCUCUGGGAGCGCGCGGGCGGAUGGUGGGGGGCAGCGGGCUCCCAGGAGCCGUGGACGUGGAUGAGUGCUCGGAGGGCACAGAUGACUGUCACAUAGAUGCCAUCUGCCAGAACACACCCAAGUCUUACAAAUGUCUCUGCAAGCCCGGCUACAAGGGGGAAGGGAGGCAAUGUGAAGACAUCGACGAGUGUGAGAAUGACCACUACAAUGGCGGCUGCGUCCAUGACUGCAUCAACAUCCCCGGGAACUACAGGUGCACCUGCUUUGAUGGGUUCAUGCUGGCUCAUGAUGGACACAACUGCCUGGAUGUGGAUGAGUGUCAAGACAACAAUGGUGGCUGCCAGCAGAUCUGUGUCAAUGCCAUGGGCAGCUAUGAGUGCCAGUGCCACAGCGGCUUUUUCCUCAGUGACAACCAACACACCUGCAUACACCGCUCCAAUGAGGGUAUGAACUGCAUGAACAAAGACCAUGGCUGUGCCCACAUCUGCCGGGAGACGCCCAAAGGUGGGGUCGCCUGUGACUGCAGGCCCGGCUUUGACCUUGCCCCAAACCAGAAGGACUGCACACUAACCUGUAACUAUGGAAAUGGAGGCUGUCAGCACAGCUGUGAGGACACAGACACGGGCCCCAUGUGUGGUUGCCACCAGAAGUACGCCCUGCAUGCGGAUGGUCGGACGUGCAUUGAGAAGGAUGAGGCUGCAAUUGAGCGCUCUCAGUUCAAUGCCACGUCAGUAGCUGAUGUGGACAAGCGGGUGAAACGGCGCCUCCUCAUGGAGACAUGCGCAGUGAACAAUGGAGGCUGUGACCGGACGUGUAAGGACACUGCCACCGGCGUGCGGUGCAGCUGCCCAGUUGGAUUCACGCUGCAGCCGGAUGGAAAGACAUGCAAAGACAUCAACGAGUGCUUCGUGAACAAUGGAGGCUGCGACCACUUCUGCCGAAACACCGUGGGCAGCUUCGAAUGCGGCUGCCAAAAGGGCCACAAGCUGCUGACGGACGAGCGGACGUGCCAAGACAUCGACGAGUGUUCCUUCGAGCGGACCUGCGACCACAUUUGCAUCAAUUCCCCUGGCGGCUUCCAGUGCCUGUGCCACCGAGGCUACACACUCUACGGGACAACCCACUGCGGAGACAUGGAUGAGUGUAGCGUGAACAACGGCAGCUGUGAGCAGGGCUGUGUCAACACCAAGGGCAGCUACGAGUGUGUCUGCCCACCGGGGAGGAGGCUGCACUGGAACCGGAAGGACUGUGUGGAGAUAAGCGGGUGCCUGUCUCGGUCCAAGGCCUCUGCCCAGGCCCAGCUGUCCUGCGGGAAGGUGGGUGGAGUGGAGAACUGCUUCCUGUCCUGCCUGGGCCACAGUCUCUUCAUGCCAGACUCAGAAAACAGCUACAUCCUGAGCUGCGGUGUUCCGGGUCUCCAGGGCAAGACACUACCAAAACGCAAUGGCACCAGCUCUGGUGCAGGGCCCAGCUGCUCAGAUGCCCCCACCACCCCCAUCAGACAGAAGGCCCGCUUCAAGAUCCGAGAUGCCAAGUGCCAUCUCCGGCCCCGGAGCCAGGAGCGAGCCAAGGACACCCUGAGGCACCCCCUUCUGGAUAACUGCCACGUGACUUUUGUGACCCUCAAGUGUGACUCCUCCAAGAAGAGGCGCCGAGGCCGCAAGUCCCCAUCCAAGGAGGUGUCCCAUAUCACGGCAGAGUUUGAAGUGGAGCUGAAGCUGGAUGAGGCCUCAGACACCUGCGAAGCGGACUGCCUGCGGAAACGUGCCGAGCAGAGCCUGCAGGCCACCAUCAAGACUCUGCGCAAGUCCAUCAGCCGGCACCAGUUCUACGUCCAGGUCUCGGGCACUGAGUACGAAGUGGCCCAACGGCCAGCCAAGACACUGGAGGGGACAGGGGCAUGCGGCAUAGGCCAGAUACUACAGGAUGGCAAGUGUGUAUCCUGUGCACCUGGCACUCACUUCAGCGGUCAGCCAGGCCAGUGUGUGCCCUGUGUGUCGGGAACCUACCAGGACAUGGAGGGCCAGCUCAGCUGCACGCCGUGCCCCAGCAGUGAAGGGCUGGGUCUGGCCGGUGCCCGCAACGUAUCCGAAUGUGGAGGCCAGUGCUCUCCAGGCUACUACUCGGUGGAUGGUUUCAAGCCUUGCCAGGCCUGCCCCGUGGGCACAUACCAGCCCGAGCCUGGGCGUACCGGCUGCUUCCCCUGUGGAGGUGGGCUGCUCACCAAGCACACGGGGACUGCCUCUUUCCAGGACUGUGAGGCCAAAGUGCACUGCUCCCCCGGCCACCACUACAACACCACCACCCACCGGUGCAUCCGCUGUCCUGUGGGCACCUAUCAACCCGAGUUUGGCCAGAACCAUUGUAUCACCUGUCCGGGCAACACCAGCACCGAUUUUGAUGGGUCCACCAACGUCACUCAUUGCAAAAACCAGCACUGUGGUGGCGAGCUUGGUGACUACACAGGCUAUAUCGAGUCCCCCAACUACCCUGGAGACUACCCAGCCAAUGCCGAGUGUGUGUGGCACAUCACGCCGCCCCCCAAGCGCAGGAUCCUCAUCGUGGUCCCCGAGAUCUUCCUACCCAUCGAGGACGAAUGUGGCGAUGUCCUGGUCAUGAGGAAGAGCGCCUCGCCCACGUCAGUCACCACCUAUGAGACAUGCCAGACCUACGAGCGGCCCAUCGCCUUCACCUCCCGCUCCCGCAAACUCUGGAUCCAGUUCAAGUCCAACGAAGCCAACAGCGGCAGAGGGUUUCAAGUGCCCUACGUCACCUAUGAUGAGGACUACCAGCAGCUAAUCGAAGACAUCGUGCGCGAUGGGCGCUUGUACGCCUCGGAGAACCAUCAGGAGAUUUUGAAAGAUAAGAAGCUGAUCAAGGCCCUCUUUGACGUGUUGGCACACCCACAAAACUACUUCAAAUACACAGCUCAGGAAUCCAAGGAGAUGUUCCCUCGGUCCUUUAUCAAACUGCUCCGUUCCAAAGUGUCUCGAUUCCUGCGGCCCUACAAAUAGCCAGCCAGCUGUCCUGCUUAGGGAUAGUGGGAACCAAGGAGGAGGGGGUGUACCUUCCCUCUGCAGCAGGAGCUGAAAGGAGGCGCCAUGGGCCUCCAGGUGGCCUUGGGCAAAGCCAUCCGGCCUCUACCAGUCUGUGGAAGGCCUGAACCCAGCCCAGACCCCUUGGGUGGGUCUGCCACUCCUGUGUGGAAACCCUGCUUCAGAAAGCCUUCACCAAUCUUUUGCCUCUGUUUCCCAGGACACCUAGAGCAUUCUCUCCUGAACCACCUCAGUGGGCCUACCUGGGCAGGACAUGCUGUACCCACCAUGUGGGGAACAGGAUUGCUGUGCCCUUGGCCUGAUGUGUUGGGAGAGAGGAGCGUGGCCACUACUGUAGGUUCCGGGAAGCCUAAGCCAUUGUCACCCACAGAGGGCCAGGCCAGGAGGGGUGUGUGGAGGCGCCAUCUGGGGGGGCGUUGAUAAGCUUACGCCAGUGCCUGUGGGACCGCCACACCCUGCCAACCCCUCCAGCCACAGGCACAGGACAGCAAGCCAGGUCAUGGGGCUCAAGGGACUCUGUGAGAGAUGGAAAGGUCCUCCGGGAGAGGAAUCCAUGGACUUGUGCUUCGCCUUAAUAGAACGUCUAAUGAAGUUCUCUAUAUAUAUAGAUAUAAAUAUUAAAUAUAUAUACUUCUCUGUGUGGGCGGGUACUUUUGAAGGGCUCUCUUCAGCAACUGUUGUCUUAUUAACCACUGUUGCUAUUUAAUUACUGGCCUCCCCCCCAGUGAUUAAAUUGCACCUCCAAGCACUUGCCACCUCUGUGUGGGGGAGGCCAAGUGCCCCCUCCCCCGGCCUGGGGAGAACACAGGCAUGCUUAAACAUGCGGUUGAAUGUGACUUCUAGGGGGUUGGACUAGCAUUGACUUGGGGGGUGGGACAGGGGGGACUUCACAAGCAACAUCACUGCCCUCAACAGAACGCAGUGGAAAGCAGCCUCCCCCCCUCCCCCGGGUACUGGCGCUCGCUGACUCUGCACUGUGCCUGCAGGUCACCAGAAACAAGGCCUUCCUCAGGGAUUUGCAGGCUGUGCUCAGAGAGCAGCCCCAAGUCUCUACUGCUUCGGGAGGAGACAGCAAGGCCCACAGAGAGGAGGCCUCCAUGGCGGAGGCUGUCCGAGCCUCCCUGAUGCUUCUCAGUCUCUUAAAGAGAGGAACCCCUGUGUGGCCAAGCUGCAUGGCGUCCCACUGGCUGGGGGGUCACCCCCUCACACAGAGCUCUUGCCUGUGCCUCGGACUGCUUGCCGCCAGCUGUCAGAUACACACAGAAACUGGUCUGCAUUUGUCAAAUUAACGGAUGUUAUAACUCGGAGGAACAUGGGGGAAAUCUCAAAACGAACUCCAAGUUUUCCUGGUCCCCAUCCCACCCUGAUGACCUAAGGGAGAUGUUUCAGAAAGCGUAUGUGGCUCACCGAAGACUGAACAGGCAUGUGGGCAAGUGAGCCAGGCCUGGAGAGUCACAGCUUGAUGACAAGGUACAACAAACUCAUCUGAACUCCCUUGGAACUCAGGGACAAGUCACCGCCACCCCAACAGCCCACCAAGCAGAAGGGAUCACCAGCGGCCACCACUCUCUUGUGGAGGGCAGCAGGUGGACUCUGCACUUGGCGGUAGGACCGGGUCAGGGCUGUUGCCGUUCACAACCCUGCAGCCCCGCUGUGCCAGGGAGACGCUUCCUGUCUUCCUGUUGGACCACUGGUCAUCCCCAGAGGGACCAACGUGCCCCAGCACGAACCCAGCAACACUCACCCUCUCCAGGAAAAUGAAGCGAACAAGGGCGGAUGGAGACGCACCCUAGGAGGGAAUGAUGGGAAACAGCUCAAGAAAUUCGGGUGCCCAAGAAGCUCUUCAGGGUGUCAUCUGCAAACUGGAGAACCAGGGAAGCUGGCAGGAUUCAAACCAGAGACACCAGAAAUCGGUGUGGCCAGCCUGAAUGCCUGAGCCCAGAGCACUGUGUUGGUCGUCUGUCCCAGGUCCAGUGAAUUUGCCCUCCCACCAAUUUUACUCCCCACCCCCACCAGUCUACUGAAGGACACCACCAACUUAGGUGAGGAAGGGGCUUUCCCCUGGCGCCUGAUUCAUCCGCUAAUUAAUCUUUUCCAGAAUACCACUAUCACUGCCCCGCUGCCCCAUAAGAAGCAUUUGGAGGCUCGGCCCUGCCCAGGCAAGUUGACGUAUCAAAUUAACUAACCCACUGAAGGGCUUCAGGUUUAGUUUUUAAUCUCCUCAAAAAACCAGGAAACGUCGGAGUUCUCCGGUUUUCCUAAGUCCUGCCUACAACUCCUGAGGGGCUUUUGGCGGUUGCCACCCCUGUGUCCAUCAACACACCCAACACCCAACUAUUUCCUCUCUCCAGAGUGCCCACCCCCACUGUGGCCACAUCGUGUCCAGUGUCCCCUGAGGAGGAGCAGGUACGGUGCAGGCCCGGUCCCUCAUUCUCAUGCUCAAGCUCUUCCUUUUGUAGCUCUCAUCCUUGCCCCCCCCCAAAUAGCCCCCAAAGCCCUAGCACCUGGCAAAGGCGGGGAGGCCUGUGUCUCCCAGUUUCCAUUGGGCUUGGCCCUGCUCCUGGUAGAACUCUGCACCCGAGGCAACCUGACGACCUCUCUGGAGGUGAGAGGAAAACCAAGCGGUCCCCUGGGUUCUGGGAGAUGGUCACCAUAUGAGACCUGGAAUUGGAGGCACCCCAACAGGACACCCAGAAAGCCUUCCUGACUUGUGUUCCUGGCACCUCUCAGCACUUAGCUUGGCAGUACCUACCUGAGGAAGGACAGCAACCUGGCCCGAGGGUCAGUGGUCAGCCCAGCCCUCCACUCGUGGGCGGCAACAGUGAGGCAGGUCCUCUGCCACUCAGAAAGGGCCUUUUAAUUGUCCUGGUCAUUUGUACUGGGUCCAGAGCCUCAGGGCUGUGACUACACUACCCUUCUCACCCUGGCUCCUUCCCCAACUCUCAAGCAGCACAACCACGGAGUCCCUGUGGCCCCCAACACUUGCCACACUGGCUACUGGGGGUGACCACUAUCCCCAGCUCUGGCUCCCCCCAGUGCAGUCCAUCCUCACUUUGAGUGGUCGCAGAUACUCUGGGGCCCCAGCCCGAGACGGAGACCUUGACCACCUUUCCCCUCUUGACAGCUUUUAGUUUGGGACAUGCAGAUGAAAUAGAAGCAAAAUGCAAGCCCCAGAUCCUGGUUCAAAAGCUCUACUAGGGAACCUGCUCACCUCUGCCUUCUACAGAAGGAGGCCCCGGCUGCUCGGGCUUGGGGUGGACCCUAAACUGACAUGUAGAAGCUAAGUAUCUGCCAAAGCUUCCUCUUAUCCCUCUCCCAGCUCUGGUGUGACUGGACCCCAGACAACAAAACAAAUAAGGGCCUAAAAUGAGUUGAGUCAUUCAGCGAACAUUUACUGGGUACCUCCUGUGCGCCAGACUUCUGACUGGGGAACAACAUGAACACAACAACCUACCCAGGACAGCAGCCUUGCCCCAUGCCUGCUCACCUGCUACGGGACCUGGAGGACAGGAGGGCCAACGCUUUCUUCUUGCCCUAGGACUAGCCUAGGAAGUGGGACUGACCUGGCUGGCAAGCACUGUACAGCUUUGCUUCACCAAAGAUGCACAGAGUGAUAACUCAGCCCUUCUGCUCAAGCAGGCAGUGCCCAGCUGAUGCCAUUCGGACUGAGGCUGAAGGACUUGUGAGCGGAAAUGUCUGUCAAUCAUGGAAGCAGGACUAUUGGCGCCUCUCCAGGGCAUGACAGUACUGGGUGGGCUUUGUCCUACUCAACCUGUCAGAACUUUUGUCAGAGGUACCAUGUGGUGGUUGGGGGGGGGGGCUCUUCAGGGCCCAGGUGAUGUGGCACAGCCCAUGCUCUCUCCCCCAGCACCCUGUUUAGACAGCUCCCAACAGUGAGUCUUUUGCUGGCUGUGGCCUCCCCAGCCUGCACCCAACCAUGCCAACGCAGAGGCCUGGAUGGAAGUUCUGAAUGUCUGCAUUCCCACGACUCAACAGGGGGCAGCAAGGCACGGGAAAUUCACAGUCCUUCAGUCUCAGGCCAGACACUAAGCUGAACCCCCUCUGCCCGGGGGCCCCAGCCCUGGGCACUUGACUCUGAGAGACCAAGUAAAGUGCCCUAAGUGAAGAGUGAGAAGCUAGAAGAGUUAGUGUUGAUGCUGGUGACAUCUUUCUUCUUUACGCACAUUCGGAGAAAGGAUGAACUUGGCCGCUCCUGGGUAGCAGUCAGGGUCCUCACCAGCCAGACAUGAACUGUCACUACCACUACAAUGCUUGCACUGACCCAGAGGCCCUUGGCCCUACAUGAGAUGUAUGUCACACUGUGCAUGUCAGCACGAACAGGGGAAGCAGCCGGGCUUUCAAACACAUAGUCAGAAACCACAAGCUUUGCCAAGGUCAGAGCCAUGUGCAGCCAGAAGCCAUCCACACUGCUCUGGAGACGGAUGCACUCCUGAGCCCCAGCCUUUGCCCCGGCCUCCAAACAUGCGCAGUCUGUUCAGGCACUGGGUAGUAGUCCUAAGGCACACAGACCAAUAUCCAUGUAACCGCAUUUGCCUUCCAGCAGCCUCAGAUAGUCAAAGCUUUUCUCUACCAUGUUUCCCCCUAUGCAUGUAAUUAAACACUUGUGGGAAUCACCUUAAUAAUAAACAGGAAAUGAGCCUAA